UCUACAGCCAUAUCCAGUUUGGGAGACGGAAGGGGAUAGCUGUGCUAGGCGUUUGCUAUGAGAAAUAUACUCAAUUAAACCAUAGUUUAAAUCAUGUAUUGUCUAAAAAAGUGUAUUAUUCGCUAGCCCACAUGCUAAUUAGCACUAGCAAAUUAUUUGUCCGCGCUCUUCACACUACUAACUAGUUAACGUUAGCAGUUCGUUUAAGAGGCUAAUCUGUAAACUCGAUUUCCCCAUUGACUUUCUUUAGCUAAAUAACUUUCAUUUUCUCCACAUUGUUAGCUAGUAGAUACAUAAAUGACAAACUAGCUAGCUAACGUUAAAUAAAUUACCAUAGAGUGUCGGUUAGUUAACGUUAAUCGAACAAAAACUGUUCUCAGCUAACGUUUCUGUCAAAUUUAGUUCGUUACCUAUAGCUACCUAGGUAUAGGUAACAAAUAUCCCAUACCAAUCACAUUCAUAUUUGAUACGGUAACGUUGUCUGACAUAGCUAGCUGAAGCUGCACUGUUGACUUUCCUAUCAAGUUCCAUCCAACUUGGCAACAGCAUGAACUGUUGAAUCUAUCUGCUGUUGUACAACAUGUCAGCUGGAAGUUUGAUUUUUAUUAGUAGCAACAAUGCUUUUGGCUCAGAUUAACCGGGACUCCCAGGGCAUUGCAGAGUUCCAAAAUGCAGGUGGAGACACUCAGCAGGUCACUCUCUGUUUGGCAGAGGCUGUUUCGGACGGCGAUCAGAUGGACAUGGACACUGUGAGUUUACAGGCUGUGACCCUUGCAGAUGGCUCUACAGCUUACAUACAGCAUAACCCUAAAGUCUCCAUUUCAGAUGGCAAGUUCAUGGAUGGACAGGUCAUUCAGCUGGAGGAUGGAUCUACUGCAUAUGUCCAACAUGUAUCAAUGCCAAGAGCAGAGGAGGCCAACAGGUGGACAGGAUCCCCUUUGUGUGAUGUAAUUGGAGGAGAUGGUCUGAGACUUGAGGAUGGUCAGGCUGUGCAGCUGGAAGAUGGCACAACAGCUUACAUCCACACGCCAAAAGAUACCUAUGACCAGAAUACCCUGCAGGCUGUUCAGCUGGAGGAUGGCACCACAGCUUACAUCCAGCACACAGUACAGAUGCCUCAGACCAACACCAUCCUGGCCAUCCAGGCAGAUGGAACAGUGUCAGACCUGAACGCUGAUGGAACCCUCGACCAAGAGACCAUCAACGUGCUAGAACAAUACACCGCCAAGGUGGAGGCUGAUGAUGUCAACUCCGUACUGAUGAGAGCUGAGCAAGAUUGUGGUGUGCAGAUGCAGAUUGUGCUUCAAAGGCAGAGUGGUCGUAGUUCUAGGGAGCAGCCUACAGAGAAAUCUUUCCGCUGUGACUAUGAGGGCUGUGGGAAACUCUACACAACAGCACACCAUCUGAAGGUACAUGAGAGGUACCACACAGGUGACCGGCCAUAUCUGUGUGAUCACCUGGGGUGUGGAAAGAAGUUUGCUACAGGGUAUGGCCUGAAAAGUCACAUCAGGACACAUACUGGUGAGAAGCCUUAUCGCUGCCAGGAAGUGCACUGUGCAAAGUCGUUCAAGACGUCAGGUGACCUCCAAAAGCACAUCAGAACCCACACAGGAGAGAAGCCAUUCAUGUGCCCGUUUGAGGGGUGCGGGAGAUCGUUUACUACCUCUAACAUCAGGAAGGUGCACAUUCGCACACACACAGGGGAGAGGCCUUACUACUGUGUAGAGCCUGGCUGUGGGCGAGCCUUUGCCAGUGCCACCAACUAUAAGAACCACGUGAGGAUCCACACAGGAGAGAAGCCUUACGUUUGCACAGUCCCAGGCUGUGACAAGCGGUUCACAGAGUACUCCAGCCUUUACAAACACCACGUUGUCCACACACCAUGCAAGCCCUACAACUGCAACCACUGUGGGAAGACCUACAAGCAGAUCUCCACCCUGGCCAUGCACAAACGCACAGCUCAUAACGUCACAGAGCCCAUUGAGGAAGAGCAGGAGGCCUACUAUGAACCCCCUACAGAGGCCAUCGAUGAUCCCUCAGUGAAUUUUGCCCAGGUUGAGGAGGAGGAGUCCUGUUCGGAACAGAUGACUGAGCCCAUUGGUCAGCAGCAUGUGCAGCUCAUAACACACCCAGAUGGAACCCAACAGGUCAGUAUCUCCCAGGCUGACAUGCAGGCAUUGGGAAACACAAUUACCAUGGUAACCAGUGAUGGCACCACCUUCACGGUUCCUUCCCAUGAAAUGCUUAAUGCAGAUGGUACACAUUCAGUCACCAUGGUAGCAGCAGAUGGUACAGAAGAGCAGGUGGCCAUUGAUUUGGCCUCCUUUCAGGGCAUACAGACAGAGGAGGGGGUUCACCCUGUCACUCUGUUAGCCACCUCAAACGGCACACAGAUCGCUGUCCAGCUCAGUGAACAACCUUCACUCGAAGAAGCCAUCAGGAUAGCAUCAAGAAUACAACAAGGAGAGAUGGGAUUGGAUGAUUAGAUAAGAUAAGCCUUUCAAUUUCUAUUGAAAUAUUUGAUAUGACGAGAACAACUGAUCUAUACAGAUUCUACAGUUUUCUGACUUAAGGGUAUUGUUCUUAAAUCAAACAUGGAAUUCUUUAUUAAGAUUUGUAAAUAGACAUUUUGAUAUGGCUGCACCAAGAGUCUGUAAUGCUGAAACAUCCAUUACUUUGUUGAGUAAGAUGUGUGUUGCUGCAUGAAUGAGAUUAAGAAAUGUAAGGUGUGUUUGGACUUUUGGUACCAUUUUUCCAUGUGUGAAUAUUGUAUUCUGUGUAAAUACAGUAAAUAGCCAAUGUUUUGAAUCCAGCAUAUAUUUUAACUUUGAAUGUGUACAAAUAAUGGAUACACAUUGGUUGUUAAAUAAAGCA